AUUUGUGACGUCACAUGUUUUGGUCAACCCUCCAGUACACCCGCAGAUAAUGCCCUCUCCUACGAAGACGCUGUUGUAGCUCAGCUAUGAAAUGAAAAAUGUGAAAUUUGUUUCAGAGCUUUUAGCAGAGGAUGAGAAGUAGAUGUCAGUUAAGUACUUUGCACACAACUAAAUUCAGUUGAACAUAACUGUGCAGUUCUCCAGAAACAUCCCACAAUUAUGUAACCUUUUUACCAUUACAACAAACAAUACAAAAGCUGGAUUACUUUUUUUUUUCUCUUGGAAACUGUGGUUUUAUCUCAGAGGUCAAACGUCUGGCUCUUUAUCCUCUUUGGACUCCACUGUAAACACUGGGAAACCUUUGGACCACUCCCCCUGUUGCUGAUGAUCAUUCCGGGCUACGGCUGAGCCACCAUGGCCACGUCAACCAUCAAAGAGUUUCUUGUAACUUAUUUAAUGCCAGAAAAAUGCUACUACGAGCUCUUCCUGAACUUUCACUUUCACGUGCCAUGCCUAAAGUUCGUACUAAACAAAAUUGCCGGAUUCUGGAUCAUACUGGACACAUUCCUGGCACAACUGCCUCAGCUGAUAAAGAUAUUAUGGGGAGGAAGUGCAGAGGGUCUGAGUUUUAGCGCCUUCUUCUUGCAGCUUUAUGCUUUCUCAUGUCCUGUUGUAUACGCUAUGGCCAACAACUUCCCUCUCUUUGCCUGGGCUGAUAGGCUCUUCACGCUGGCCCAGACAGUGGCGAUCGUCUUCCUCAUCCUCCACUAUCGCGGUGAUACGGUCCGAGGAGUUCUGCUCCUCUUUGCUCUCAGUGGUGUAAUGCUCCUCCUGCGCUCCUAUGCAGCAGCAGCAGUCAUCUCAGUGAUACAGGCCUCCAGUUUGGCAGCUUUCAUUGCAAGCAAGGUUCUCCAGGCUACAACAAACUAUCACAACGGCCACACGGGUCAACUAUCCACUCUGUCAGUGUUGCUUUCAUUUGCAGGGUCUCUGGGUGUGGCCUUUGUUUCUUUACAGGAAACUGGAAACUCUCCUGUGAGUUUGUCACACAUACUGUCAGCCUGUCUCAGCUGUGUCCUCCUGGCUCAGAUCCUCUGCUACAAGGCCGGCGCUGUCGGCACCACAAAGAAGACAGCGUAGAGCACGGUGAUGAUGCUGCCUGUUAUUAUAUUGUGCCUGAGGUUGGCCUGUCAAGUACAGAGCCAAAGUAGCAGUAAAUGUUUACAGAUUUUUCCUUUUUAAUAUGUCCAAAUGCCACUGUCACGUGUUUUGUGUGAAAUCUUAUGUCUGUUUUAGGUUAUGUCCUAAGGGGAUAAAAAUACUUGACCAUCCCUGGUUGACCACCAGGGAUUCAAAUAAAAUUACUUUAUUCUCACAGAAACAAUUUUCACUGUGUCUGUAACUAUGACAAAAUAUUUUUAAGUAAUCUGGCAGCUCUGUGUCUGUUGAGCCAUUUCAAAUUUGCAUCAACAUCAAACUAAAGUUUACGAGAUUAAACUCGCUGAGUAAACCGUAAACCCUUUCAAAGUGGGCUGCAGAGAACAAAUACAGGAGCUUUUGCUGGAAUAUCACCUAUUAGUCCCUACUUUCAGAUUACAGGAAUAUUCAUAUAGUCAUACUUUUUUUUUUUACUUUUAUUUUUUACAAAAUAGAAAAGCAUUACUUUUGUGAUAGCUUUUGCUCUUCCUGUUGGUAUGACAUAUUGAUCAUAUUUUCAUUAUUUUGUAUUGUAAUUUGAGUGUCUCUAAGAAUAUUUACCCUUUUACCCGAGGCACAGUAAGCUCACAGUCAGAGUGCUCAAGUUCAUAUCUGCAGGAUAUUUACGGUCUAGUGUAUUCAGAGAGAUUUACUAGUUAGUUUUUUUUCCUAGUGAAAAGUUAGCACAGACAUUGUGAAAAUGAAGUCAUACUGUCAAGAGAUUUAUUCUAAAGACACUUCUUCAGCUAAGAGUCCAAGGGUAGA